AUGCUAAACAUCGAUCUAAUCUCAGUGACAGUUGCCACCAAUAGUAGUAGCGGUAGUGGUGGGGGGGAUAGUUUUACUUUGCACUUGCUACACACGAAUGAUAUCCACUCGAGAUUUGAACCAUUUACUAGAAGGAGCACGAAAUGCAAACCGGGAGAGCCAGAAAAUUGUUUCGGCGGAGUAGCGAGAAGAGCCGGCUUCAUUAACAUGAUGAAAAAAGAACUGGGCGAGAUUAUGCUGCUUGACGCCGGCGACCAAUUUCAAGGUACUCCGUGGUUUUACUUCUACAAGGGUCAUGAUUCUAGUCACUUCUUAAACAAAUUGAAAUACCAGGCUAUGGCCUUAGGCAACCAUGAGUUUGACAACGGUGUUGAAGGAUUGAGAAUUUUUCUCGGCAAUGUUACUGUUCCAAUCCUCUGUUCGAAUCUUGAUCAGACAACGACCCCAGAUUUUAUGAAAAAAGUGAAGGAACAUGUUGAAAUCACAUACAAGAACCACAAAUUUGAUGUUGUCGGUUACAUCACUGAGACAGUCGUUCAGCUCUCUAAAACGGGGGACCUGAAAUUCUCAAACGAGCUUGAGAAGGUCAAGGAAGUAGUGACUGACCUCGUAAGGAAGGGCAGCAAGUUCAUCAUAGCCCUGGGUCACGCGGGCUACGAGGCCGAUAAGAGGAUGCCCAGGGAGAUCCCUGAUAUCGACAUCAUCGUCGGAGGUCACAGCCACACGCUGCUCUAUCACGGUUCGUCUGCUGGUGUGGAAGGCGACUACCCGACGGUCGUGAGGCACGCGGAUGGUAGGCGCACGUUGAUCGUGCAAGCCGGGACAGCUGGCAAGUGGGUGGGAGUCCUGAAUGUCGCAUUCGAUGAAGAGGGAAACGUCAAAAGUUGGAGUGGGAAUCCCGUUCUCAUGAAUUUGAGUAUCCCUGAAGGUAUGUUUAAGAUAGAAUACUUGAAUAGCAACCUCUCCUUCAUGUACACCAAGGUGCUUUGCCGCACUGACGUCUUCCUCGAUGCCAAUGACAAGAUCUGCUGCCAGCAGGAAUGCACUUUAGGUAACUUGUUCACUGACGCCAUGGUGAGUUUUUUCAAAGAACGAAACGCAAACGCAACCAUCGCAUUAACGAAUGGUGGAGGCAUUCGGAGCAGUAUAGAUCGAGGUACCACAUCCCUAAACCACGACAAUAAUUCAGGUGACAUAAACUACAAUGAAGUCAUCUCGGCGUUUCCCUACGGUGACGUCAUAAUGGUGGCCGAAACUUCCGGCAGGACGCUUUACGAGGCUUUGCGUCAUUCCAUUUCUAAUUUCAGUCCUAACAAAGAAAAACACGGAAAAUUUUUACAAGUUUCUUGUUGGUUGGCUAGUUGGCUGGUUCGUUGGUUCGGUUGUUGUUGGAUGGUUGGAUGGUGA